AGGGUGCCCAAGGAAGAGGCUUAAAUAUUUGGGAUGGGUUUACUCAUCGAUAUCCAACUAAGGGAAAAGAUAAAUCAACCGGAGAUAUCGCUGCUGGCUCUUACUUGCAUUAUAAGGCAGAUAUAGACGUGAUGAAAGAAAUUGGGGUCGAUGCCUACAGAUUCUCAGUCGCAUGGUCCAGAAUCAUACCAAGAGGAAAGGCUAGUCGCGGUGUAAAUGAAGAAGGAAUUGGUUACUACAACAAUCUCAUAAAUGGACUUGUAUCGAAAGGCAUUAAGCCAUUCGUCACACUCUUCCACUGGGACCUUCCUCAAACUUUGCAAGAUGAAUAUGAAGGUUUCUUGGACCAUCAGAUUAUCGAGGACUUCAAAAGUUACGCGGAAAUUUGUUUUCAAAGAUUUGGUGACAGAGUCAAGAACUGGAUUACGAUAAAUCAACCUUACACUAUUCCUACACGAGGCUAUGCAACUGGUACAGACGCACCUGGACGAUGCUCUGCUUGGCUCAACAAAAACUGUUACGAAGGAGACUCCGCGACUGAGCCUUAUAUUGUUGCGCAUCAUGUCCUACUUGCUCAUGCAACUGUCGUGAAUCUGUACAGACAAAAGUAUCAGCUAAUUCAAGCAGGGGAAAUUGGAAUCACAAUGAUAACGAGAUGGUUUCUUCCAUACAAUAACUCCGACGAAAAUCUUAAAGCAGUUGAACGAGCCAAAGAGUUUUUCCACGGAUGGUUUAUGGGUCCGCUAACAAAGGGACACUAUCCAUUAAUCAUGAAGCAAAUAUUGAAAGAGAGACUUCCACGGUUUACAACAAUUGAAGCGUUACUAGUGAAAGGAUCAUAUGAUUUUAUUGGAGUCAACUAUUACAUGACACAGUUUGCAAAAGCUGUUCCACCAGCUAAUCCUAAUAAAUUAAGUGUCAUGACGGAUUCACAAGUUGACCUUUCUUAUGUUAAUGAAGACGGUCCCAUAAGUCGAUGCCCAUUUGGAGAUGUCUACUACCGUCCAAGAGGUAUAUUAGAUGUACUAGAGUACUUCAAGACAAACUAUGGCAAUCCCAAAGUUUAUAUAACGGAAAACGGCUUUCGAAGCCUUGAUAGCAAUCGGUUGGCCGAUGAAAUCAAGAACGAUCAUGAGAGAAUUGGAUUUAUAUGCAGUCAUCUUUGUUUUAUUCGAUCAGCCAUCGAGAAUGGCUGUCAAGUGAAGGGAUAUUUUGUUUGGUCUCUAGGAGAUAAUUAUGAAUUCUGUGAUGGCUACACAGUCAGAUUUGGAUUGACGUAUAUUGACUUUGCUAACAUUACACAUGAUAGAGAUCUGAAAUCUUCAGGAAAAUGGUACCAAGAGUUUUUGAAGCCAAAGCAAAAUGUUAUCGCAAAAGUGCAAGAUUAUCACUCGCAACGUUUUCUGUAUGAUUCAUAUACACAUCCCCAAUCGAGAGAUACACUAGCACACACUGAAAGACAUAAAUGCCAGCGUCCUGUUGCAACCACGUCAAUUUGUACAGAAUGUGAUGUGGUUUAUUCUUAAGACCAAGCUUCUUCACCGUGUCUUUAGCAGAUGCCAGAAUCGAUAAAUAAAUUUACAAAACUUCCAACUAAUAAUGCAUUGCGAAUAUAUAAAUUAUUGUGCUGCAGAAAUUCAUUUUUAUUUUAGCGUGUAAGAAAAUCUAAAGAAGAAUAGAUAUUCUACCAUGGACUAAAUUCCCUUUGAGUUGAAGCUCUGCUUCUCACGACCAAGGUUACUCUUAUGAAUGCUGACGUUGGGCCAUGGUCUCGGCCAAGAAUAAACUAUAUAUAUAUAUCUUAUUAUAAGAGCAUGCUGCAUGUCCAACGUUUAGUUUUCACCACCAAUAUCUAAGAAAAAAUAAUAUAAAAAGAAAAAUAGAGGAAAUAAAGAGAAUUUGUAUCUGAAAUCCAGAAUUUCCCUUGACCACAUAUUUUUUCUACUGAUUAUUUUUCUGUUUUUAAUUAAAAUUUAAUUGUUUUAAAAUAUACAAUAAAAUGAUAAUAUCCAGCAUUUAUGAUUUUUGCAAGAACCCCACAGAUAAAUUUGCUCUAAAUUAUAUUUUCUACUGACUAUAUUGUGUAUGCUUUAAACCAAAUAAAUGAAUGUUUUUAUCUCCAAGUGGUUUUAAGUCCAAAAUACCAAAAACAGGUCCAUCAUGAAUCAAAACAGAGCAAUGUGAAAAGAUCAGGAGGUGAUCAAACCAAGUGGUCGACCAAAACUCGUUUGAUCAAAGUCAGUGAUAGAUCAGUCACUUGACAUAAUCAAUCAAUCAAUCACUUUAGAGUUUAC